AUGUUUCCGCAGAAUGUAAGAACGCUUGGUCAGUCCUUCGCAGCUGGAUCCAAUUGGCUAUUCAACUUUCUUGUUGCACACUUCACAGCUCAGAUGUCCACCGCGAUGGGCUAUCGAGUUUACUUCUUUUUCGCGAGCUUGAUGAUCUGCUCCAUUGUGUUUGUAUGGGUUUUACUUCCUGAGACGAAGGGUGUGCCUCUUGAGAGCAUGGAUCGCUUGUUCUCGAAGGACUUGAAGCCAAGACAUGCCCACAGGAUUGUAUUGGUGGAGCUGAAAGAGGAUGAGGAGCAGUUCAGACACAAUGUUGCGGGUAGUGGAAUCGGAUUGAAUAAAGAUGAGAUGGUAGAGAAGGCGGGUCAUUUGGAAACUGUGUAG